AUGUCCAUCCGAGGUGGUGGUUAUACUCAUGAUGAAGAUGUGUUGCUAUGCCAACAUUAUUUAGAUAUCUCGCAAGAUCCAAUUACCGGAAGGCAGCAAUCCAGGGAUCAAUUUUGGGAUCAAAUCACUGAUGCAUACAACCAAACUAAAAAUCCUGAUUCGGAGAUACGUAGUGCAAGAUAUGUACAAAAUCGGAUCCAAGCCAUGGAGAAAGCUCUUCGAAAGUUACUUGCUUGUAUCAAGAAAGUAGAAAUUUUAAAACACAGUGGAGCUUCAGAGAUAGAUAUUGAGAUACUAAUGAAGGAAGAUGCAAGUUUUAAAAAAGGUUUUAAAUUUGACCAUGUUUGGAAUUUUUUAAAAGAUUUUGAAAAAUUUAAUGAUCAUAAUGAAGCUAGAAACCCAUAUAAAAUACCUCGAAAAAAUAAUUCCACUCAUCGCCCCAUAGGGGUGAAAAAAGCAAAGCAGCAGAAGAAAAAUAAGGACAAAGAAGAUGCUCAUGUUAGUGAAGUUAAAGAACAAAAUUCAAUAGUUCUGGAAAUACUACAAAAAUCAAAUUUGCACAGGCAAGAAUUUUUGCAACUGGAACGAGAGAAAUUAGCAUUUAAGAGAAUGGCACGCGAGGAAAAAAUUAUGAAUAUGGACUUGAUUUCUGAUCCUGCUCAGCGUGCUUAUUACCAACUCAAGAAAUAUGAAAUUUUACAGAAAAGAACAAUGGAAUUUCAAUGA